AUGGAGUAUGCACCGCAGAGUCCUGAAGAUCCAGCAAGAGGGCCGCCUCACGGCUAUCCGUUCAAUGGGCGGCCCCCAGUGCCAAAUGGACCGCUCAGGAAUGACAACGCUCGCUUCCCGCCAAUCCAGACUAUCCCAGGGAACUUUCCCAACGGAUUUGGCUCUCCAGAAAGACCAUUUGUCGUCCCUGAUCCCCCGCCGGUGUUUAUUCCAUCACCCAUGCAGGCUUCGUUCCCUCCACAGAUGCCCCCAAUGCCACCGCCAAAUUAUCAACUCAGUGGGCUGCCUCUCAGCGGCUACGAACUCCUCGCGGCCAAGCUGUCAGGAAACUUGUCAGGACCAAGGCUUGCACCCAUCUACCGACGGUUUGAGUCCCUACACCACCGGCUACUUUUGCAUAUGCAGGAUGAGCUCAUAGAAUUAGAAGAGCAGCUGCAUAACCUUGACGCGGCAGACACGCAAAAGAGAAAAUUUCCAGGGGGGAUAUUUCCAGCAUCUCGUCGAAAAGAGAACAUGAGCCCAACUGACGCAACAUGGAAGAAGAAAGAAAUCAUAAGCCACAUUGCGCAUAAGCUGUACCAGUAUAAUCAAGUCAUCACUUCGUUCAGCGCAACUUACAACAUGGCUGAACCGAGCAUUCAGGACGUUGUGAACUAUAGAUCGUACCUCAACACUAUCAACCCUCUUGUAGAGGACGAGUGCCAGUUUCUCGAAGCCGCCGAUGAUCUCAUUAAUCUAGGGCGGCGCAGGCGGCGCUCGAAUGGCAACCCACAUGAUGAUCCUCUCAGUCCCAUGCCUCGGUCAUCCAGCGUCGUUGGGUUUCCUCCACCGCCUAGCAGUCAAAUCUCUAAUGCUGGCAGCUCGAUUUAUCAAAACAUCGCACAAGUAUCUUCCCUUAAACGCCUCGUUUUGGCCAUGGCGAUGAUUGUGCUCGCUCCUAUUGUUUGCUUCUCUGUGAUCCCAGGAUUCAUCGGCCGUAUGACUGUCGUCUUUCUAGUGGGUCUUGGAGGAGCCGUCGCGUUGUUCCAAUCCGGGUUGUUAAAUUCACUAGCAGAAGAUCGAAGCACGUUGGAUUGGGCCCUUUGUGCAGGUGUUUAUGGAGGAGUAAUGGCUGUGAUUGCUGGUAUUAUUUGA